UGUGUUUAUAUGGGACAUUCAAAGAAGAAAAAAUUAUAUUUAAAUUGACAGUAUGCUGACAUAUUAGAGUGAAAUAUUAUGCUAAUGUUUAUAAAUUUUAGUUGUCACUGAUUGAUAAUCACAUCAAUCAAUAAAAUUAGUAGUAACAUACAGAAAUUCACCAAAAUUAUGGAACCCAUCAUUAUUAUACACGGAGGAGCCGAUGAUGUUCCCGAUUCCAUGGUUGUGCCAAGAAUCGAAGGGGUCAAAACAGCAUGCAAUGCUGGCUAUAACGCAUUAAUCCAACCAAAUGCUACAGCUUUAGAUGCAAUAGAGGCAGCAAUUAAUUCGAUGGAAGCAGACGAAAUGUUUAAUUCUGGCUUUGGUUCAGUUUUAAACGAAGAGGGAGAUAUAGAGAUGGAUGCAGCUGUGAUGGUAGGAGAGAAUUUAUCCACUGGUGGGUUGACUGUAGUAAAGGAAAUUUUGCAUCCGAUCAGUCUUGCUCGACAGGUAAUGGAGAAAACUCCUCAUGUUCUAUUAGCUGGUGAAGGAGCAGGUAGAUUUGCAGAUUCGAUUAAAAUGCCUCGAGUACCAACUAGUCAAUUAUUAACCAGCUUUGCUGUAUCAGAUUUAGAACAGUUUAAGAAGUCUAGAGUAAGGCGCCCAUGUAAGUAUCCAGAAAGAUGUGACACUGUGGGUGCUGUAGCUAUAGAUAGGAAUGGACACAUUGCAGCAGGGACCUCUACUGGUGGUUUAACUGGGAAAAUGGUCGGCAGAAGUAGUGACUCAAGCAAAGUUGGAUGCGGCUUAUAUGCAGAUGACCGAUAUGGUGGGGUCUCUGUUACCGGACAUGGAGAAUCUAUAGUAAAAGUUUGUUUAUCGUUCAAUAUUAUAAAUAACAUGAAAUUGGGAAUGCCCCCUCAAGAAGCGGCCCAAACUUCAGUAAAUGAAGUCAUCAAUAAGUUCAAUAAACAAACUGGUGCUGUUGUGUUAUCGAAAAAUGGAGAUAUGGGCGUAUUUUGUCGAAGUGAAAGAAUGCCAUGGGCAUUUCGGAAAGGAAACAAAAUGUUAUUUGGAUCUCAUUCGGGCGAUCAUCAAGAACAGAAUAUGUAGUAGUAUGGUUUGUUAUCAUGAAGUCUAUUCUUCAUUGUGAAUAUUUUCUAAAUAAAAUAAUUGUAAUAAUACUUUAAUACAUAAAUAAAAAAGUGACAAAAAAGUGUUAUUAGAUAUUAAGAUCCUGGCCAGUUGGUUGCUUAAACCAGUGCCAAUAAAACAUAAACACACACACAGAUAUUAAGAUAUUAUUACGAAAUUAGAUAAUAUUUUCUCUCUAAUCUAUAUUUGUUCAUUCUUUCAAUAAACGUUUGAACUCUU